AUGUGGGGGAAGGGGUGGUCCGAGAUGAUAAAGGGCCACUUUGUAUGCUGCGCGAUCUUGCCAGCAGCCGGUGCUGCGCUGGCAAAGCAGAGGGAAAAGGAUGGUGUGUUUAAAGACGGCGGCGGACACGCCGAAGUAGCGCUCGAAGCUGCGUCACACAGCUACUGGGUUGCGGCUGUGGAGAGGGGACAGGCGGCGACGAGCGGCCUCAACGAUGGCAGCACCAGUUUAAAGGCUUUAGACAAGUGCGGCGUUGGCAUCACCAAUGAACGCUAA